GUCAUUUUCUGUUGACCAAACUGUUGGUGAAUAAGAUGGCGGAGACGGCGAAAGCGACGGGGGUUGAGGGCCGGAUAGUGAACGUGUCGUCGAGCAUCCACGGCUGGUUUUCUGGCGACAUCAUCAAAUAUCUCGCCCAGAUUAGCCGCAACGGAAGGAAUUACGAUGCGACACGUGCUUACGCGCUCUCCAAGCUCGCUAACGUUCUGCACACCCAGGAACUUGCUCGCAGAUUGAAGCAAAUGGAAGCCAACGUUACUGUAAACUGCGUUCAUCCAGGAAUUGUCAGAACUCGACUCACCAGAGAUCGUGAAGGCUUCAUCACAGAUUUGGUGUUCUUUAUGGCUUCCAAGCUGUUGAAGACAAUCCCUCAGGCGGCGGCAACGACAUGCCCAUUAAAGUCCAGUAUGAUUGGUUGCCAGAUCAUGCUGUUUCUAGAGCGACACGUCUCCUUUUUCUCGACCGGUGCGGUGUUAACUGGUUCCACAUUUAACGGUUCGGUUGACCCGAUCCGUCAGCUCUGGCUUCGAUCAGAGAUUCAGAACUGGAUUUCCAUGGUUACGGUCAAUAUUUGA